CCGCCUUGUUAUCAGAGGAAUAAAUACACUUGUAUAGUCUGAUCGCUACUAAUAACUAUUCGGCUGUCGUACACGGCAAGAACACCAGAAGAAGCGAACCAUUUCGAACUGAUAAGGAAUUACUAAGCAACUAAUUAUAUAUUCGUCGUGGCUUUGCAGUGACCCCUACACAAUGGCAGCUAAGAAAUUGGAUGCCAUUAUUUUUGGUGCCACCGGUUUUACCGGCAAAUACACCGUUCUGGAAGCUGUGUCCGUUCUCAAGGGGCUGACCUGGGGCAUUGCCGGGCGUAACCAGGAAAAACUACAGUCGGUGCUUAAGGAAAUGAGUGCAAAGUCCAAGACAGAUCUUUCGCAGACACCCAUCAUCAUAGCCGAUGUGAACAAUGAGGCGUCACUUUUGGAAAUGGCACAGCGUUGCCGCAUUGUGGUGAACACUGCCGGGCCGUAUCGCUUUUUUGGUGAAAAUGUGGUAAAAGCCUGUAUUGAGUCAGGCACACAUCACGUCGACGUUAGCGGUGAGCCUCAGUAUAUGGAAUCCAUACAGCUGAAGUACAACGAUCUUGCCAGGGAGCGUGGAGUGUACGUAAUCAGCGCCUGUGGCUUCGAUUCCAUUCCCGCCGACUUGGGCGUUGUCUUCGUAGAGAAGAACUUUGACGGAGUUGUUAAUUCGGUGGAGAAUUUCGUCCAUUUUGGAGUCAAGGGCGGUACCAAAGGUACGGGCAGCGCUUCCCUCAACACUGGCACUUGGGAGAGUGCCAUUCACGCCAUCGCGAACAGGAGCGAGUCAAUCGCGAUACGCAGGAAGCUCUUCCCAGACCGUCUGCCUAAAUUCCAUCCCGAGCUGAAGCCACGAGCGCCACUAUCCAUUGCGAAUGAGGUGGGUAAGGUAAUCCUGCCCUUUCCGGAGACGGAUCGAUCGGUGGUGAUGCGUUCGCAGCGCUACCUUUACGAGAAUGAGAAGAAACGUCCGAUCCAGAUGCAAGCCUACAUGUUGUAUCCCUCGCGGUUGGUCGCUGGCGUUGUUGUCUUCUUCGCUGCUGUUAUUGGAAUCUUGGCCAAGUUUUCCUUUGGUCGUCAGCUGCUGCUCAAGUAUCCAAGCUUCUUUUCCGGCGGUAUGGCAUCUCGGGACGGUCCUAGCGAGGCGCGCAUGGAGCGUUCGUUCUUUAGAAUGACAAUGAAAGCCACAGGAUGGCCCAAAUCACAGAAGCUGGCCGAAAGCACAGACCAGUACUCCACAUUACCCUCCAAAACCUUAACAGUACAAAUAACUGGUCCUAACCCUGGCUACGGUUCCACCUGUGUCGCCUUGUUGUCCACGGCAAAGACCAUUCUGAAUGAGAGCGAUAAAAUGCCCAGCACAGGCGGAGUCCUGCCACCAGGAGCCGCAUUUUCCAAGACAAGCCUUAUCAGCGAGUUGGAGAAGCACGAACAUGGUAUUAAGUACGAGAUUGUAGCCAACAAGUAAAUUUUGUAUAUGUAUUUAAAGCGGGA